GGUAAGGCUGCAUUGGUCUUUCGCUCUGCACAACAAAGUGCAAACCGCCUGGCUGCAACACGGACUCCAGUUUACUUCUUGUCGAGAAAAGCUGAAAAGACUCGCGCAGCCCAGCCAGGAGACACCAAAUUGUCGUGGAAAUCAGACAAAACUCGCAGACUCGUCCUCUGAUGGACUCUCUGGCUGAAGCUGAGCAGGCGAUGGAGGCCAACACUCAGCUGGAGAAUAUGGAGACCAACACUAAGGUAGAAGAUAUUAAUUUAAAUAACUCCUACCUGAUGUCCAAAGUGAACACACUGGAAGACUCAGUGCAGCAGUUGUACGAAGAGCUUGCUCAGACCCGGAUGAGGUGUAAUGAGAUAAUGAGGGAGCGGGAGCAAGAGCAGGAGGCUCACAGAAUCCUGGAGUCCCAGUGCGAAGAGAUGAAGACAACUUUAAAAACGCGUGACGAGUUACUGAAGGUGUGCGAGGGAGAGGUGAAGGGUCACAGUAUCCUAAAGGUAUCUCUGGCAGAGGUUGAGAGGAAAUACAAGCAGGCAAUGGAGUCCAAUGCUCAUCUGGAGAAUGAGACCUUUGACCUGAUGUCCAAGAUGGGCAUACUGCAAAACUCCAUGCAGGAAAUGACAAAUAAGUGUGCUGAGGCAACAGAGAAUUACGAGAAAACAAAGCGCAUUCUUGAGUUCGUGUUGGCCACCGCCAAUGAGCGGGAGAAAUCUUUAAAUCUGGAAAUAGACUUAUUUCAGGCUUCUCUGGCUGAAGCGGAGAGGCAGUACGAAAUUUUGGUAACGGACUACUAUGAGACGGUUGACACACAGAAUAACUUGAGAGCUGAGCUGAGCACUCUGCACGGAAAAGUGGGUGAUCUGCAGGGAGCGCUCAGGACGGUAACAACGGCAUGUGAGCAAUUGAGAAGCAUGAGGGACAAAUUGAGUUUAAUGAUUACAACUAUACUAAAUGAGCGUAAACGAGAGCAGGCCUGUCUGGCUGAAGCUGAGAGGAAAUACAAAGAAGUCAUGGAGGCCAAUGCUCAGUUGGAGAAAGAGAAGUCUGACCUGCAGUCCCAGGUGAACACGCUGCAAGGCUCAGUGCAGCAGCUGAAGGAAGAGCACUCUGAGACACGCAUGAAGUGUGAUGAAAUGCUGGUCUCUCUGGCUGCAGCUGACAACCUGUAUGAGGAAGCGAUGCAGUCCAAGGCUAAGAUGAAGAAUGAAAUAUUGGACCUGAAGUACCACUUGCACACACUGCGAGACUCAGUGCGGGAGCUGGAGAUAAUGCUCUCUGAUGGAGAGAUGCACUGCGACGCUAUAAAGCAGGAGACAGAACAAGAGCGGGAGGCUUACUGUAUUCUGAAGAUGCAAUACAAAAAGAUGAAGGAAACUAUUCAGAGGUUCAGAGAGCUACUAAUUAACUAUCACACAGAGCUUGGUUUCGUGGAGCAGGUUGAUCUGUGAACCCCAGAUAAUUGCCACGGGCAUGUUUUAACACCUGGAUAUUCUCUUACAGUGCAUCCGGAAAGUAUUCACAGCGCUUCACUUUUUCCACAUUUUGUUAUGUUGCAGCAUUAUUCCCAAAUGGAUUAAAUUCAUUAUUUUCGUCAAAAUUCUACAAACAAUAUCCCAUAAUGACAAGGUGAAAUAAGUUUGUUUGAAAUCUUUGCAAAUUUAUUAGAAAUG